GCUAUCGACGAGUUGUCCAUGGCGGAUUCCUUCAUCCUGGAGGUCUUGAGGGGCUGGCGCCUCAUGCAGGCGUCCGGCCUCACGGCCGAUGAACGCCGUGAUAUCUUGGCGAGCACCAAGAACAGCAUGGACUAUGCCGUGAUCUCUUCGGCGCUUCAGAACCUUUGGGAUGACCAGAUGCUUGGUCGCGGACAUCAUGGCGCUUCACAGCAACAGGCCUACAUGCUCGACAGCGGCGACUUCUGGGACCACGAGACCGCCUACUACCAAGAGCCGGAUCACGAGUGGUGGGGUACGGACGAUUCAUGGUGGAAUGACAGCUACUACGUCGACGAGGACCCCUACGGCGAGGACUCUUGGUGGAAUGAAGAUUGGUGGAGCUACGACGCGCAGGCAGCGCAAGAACCUGAGGACCCUGGCAUCAAAGAAAAGCUGCAGGAAGCACAGCAAGCCGAGCAGGUUGCGGAGAGCCUAGCAGCUGAAGCUCAUCGUACUUGGGCAGAAGCUCAAAGGGCGACGCAGGCGCUUCGCAAGGACCGCGGCUUUGGAGCUGUUCUUCAGAAGGGCUCAGGGAAAUGCUUCAAUUGCGGAGGUUCUCACUUUGCCAGAGAUUGCCCGGAUCGUCGUGGAUAUGGCUUUGGAAAAGGCAAGGGCAAGGGCAAGGCCUUCGCAAUGGAAUCUGAUGAUUCAUGGUUGUGCUUCACGAACAAGGGCAAGAGCAAGUCCAAAGGCAAGGGCAAGUCUAAAUCCUGGAUGCAGGCCCAUGCUCUGUGGUCCAAGAGCAAGGGCAAGAAUAAAGGGAAACCAAGGGAGCGGACUGUGAAUGCAUACUCCUCGGAUUUGUUUCUUGGCGGCCUUGAGUUCAGUGGGUUGGAGCUGGCGACCAGUCACCAGCAACAGAUGCCGUCAGCGAGCCCAUCGGAGCCCCACCUCGGCAUGAUUGACUCAGGAGCUACCGCAUCGGCGGCACCAGAAGCCGUCGUGAAGGGCCUCAUUAGUGCCAUUCUCACCCAGGACAAGGGAGCCAAGAUUGAGUUCGAUCAGUCAGCGCGGCCAUACUUUCGCUUCGGGAACGGGAGAUGGGGCAGGGCACUUUGUCGAGUACAUCUCAGUAGUACUGUGUCAGGCCAGUUGAGAAGUUUCUCUCUCUAUACUCUUCCCAAUCCCGAUGAGUACUUCAAGAGUGGAUUUGACAAGUCGUCGUUGGUCCCUGUGUUGGUUGGCAUGGAUUGUCUUGGAAGGGAUGGCAUUGGCAUCAUGAUAGAUUUCGCCAGUGGACUCGCUAUGAACACCAAGGAACCCAACCCGACAAUCUAUCCCUUGACUGUGAACAAGAAAGGACACUACACCCUUGACAUUCUUCAUCAUCUAACACAAGGCUACACAUCUGAAGAAGGGCAAGCACAUGUGGUCGUUCGCACGAGUGCCUCUGAGUGUGCAGUUCCGCAAGAUCAACAGUUCCUGGAGCUAGGUACCGUUUGGUUUGAUUUGACUGCCUGUGAUGCUGAACUAGAUGAACGAGAGCUUCAAAUGUCGAGAGAUAGGAUGUGGCAGCUUUACAACGCCUCCCGCACAUCGGUGAUCGUGGACCACAUCCGUGCGAAGACAAAGCCAAAUGCGAAGGCACAGCCACUCGACGUGUCUCGCAAGGUGACCGCGGACCUCCGAGACCCGCGGACGCGGGCCGAUCAAUGGCCAUGUCACAAUGUGCAUGUGCAGGGCCGUCCCCAGGCCAAUGCUCAUGGUCAAUGGACACAUUGCGCGGUUUGCAACCUGAGGAUGGAGUACAUUCCACGAGUGGGAAGCCACGGCCAAACAGCCAAGGCAGAGAACCCUGGAAUGACAUCGAGGAUGCUGAAGCAACUCCAGACCCUCAUGGGGAACUACAAGCCCACGGCGAGUAUCUGCCUGGCCAUGCAGCGGAAGAUCGACGCGGAGGAGCAGCUCAACACGUUGAUUCGGGAGAGGAUGAACGAGGUCCAGAUGGCCGAGACACUGAACCAGGUCACACCGGCUACCGCAUCAACGGGCACUCCGGGAGCGGCGACAACAACAAUGAGUCCAGGACAAUCCUCUCCGGGGAGCUGGGAAGUGACGGACGACAUGAACCCCAAUGUCCUGGACAGCGGCUACUGA